CCCGUGAGCCUGGACUUAAAUGAUGACCCGGAGCGUAUUCUUGACGCGAACAUUAACGCAACACAACCGACGCGCAGAUGUGGAAGGGACUCACCUGAGCGGACUAAACGUUCAGAAGAAACCCCAACUUUUAAACAAGAGUCUUUUUUUGUGUGCAGUAUUCACCCGGGGCUUUAUUAAAAUGGGUGAUCUGUGGGUGAACUACGUUUUCUUCCUGGCGUGUUGCUCCGGGUUAUGCUCUGGAAGCCCCAACAGAUGUGACGAAGUGAGGAAAGUUUUCCAACUCAGACAAAUUGGACCAAAUCUAUUAUUGCCUUUAAGCCCCAGACCUGGUCCAGACCUUCAGGUGUGCAUGUCCAAGAACCUGACAUGCUGCACCAAAAAGAUGGAGGAGAAGUACCAGGUGGCGGCCCGCAGGGACAUCCAGAACCUCCUCCAGACGUCCAGCUCCGGCCUCAAGUUCCUCAUCUCGCGCAAUAUGGCCGCUUUUCACGACACCUUUGAGGUCCUGAUGAGACAGGCAGAGAAUCACACCAAUGCCGCCCUACAGGAGUCGUACCGCGACAUGGCUGACCAGGCCGUGGGCCCCGUGCGGGAACUCUUCACAGACAUCAGUCUCUUCCUGCUGGGGUCCGAGCUCAACGUUGAGGACUUAGUGCAGCGAUUCUUCGACUCUCUCUUCCCGCUGGUCUACAACCACCUCAUCAACCCGGGCCUCAGCGACAUAUCAGCAGACUACGCUGAGUGUGUAAGGUCGUCCAGCAGGGAUGUGAGGCCGUUUGGUGGGGUGCCGAGCCUCCUGGCUGACCAGGUCACCCGCUCUGGGGUGUCCGGGAAGCUUCUCCUUCAGGCUCUGCACCUCGGUAUCGAGGUCAUCAAUACCACAGACCACUUACAGCUGAGCCGGGAGUGCAGGCGGGCCCUGCUCAAGAUGCACUACUGUCCUCAUUGCCAGGGCUUAACCCAGUCCAGGCCCUGCAUGGGUUACUGCCUCAACGUGAUGCGGGGCUGCUUGGCAAGCAUGGCAGAGAUUGACGCCCACUGGAGGGAGUUUGUUCGCUCGCUGGAGGGCCAGUCGGCACGGAUGCACGGACCUCAGGAUUUGGAGGAAGUGCUACUGGGAGUUCACACGCUGCUUCACGAUGCGGUCGGACACGCUCAGAAAAAUGGACCACGCCUCUCAGCACAGGUGCACAAGCUGUGUGGCCCACCGAGCAGGCGGGCUGCGCAGUCAGUCAGCAUCCAGAGCAGCGGCAGCAGCAGAGCCUCCGUCCCUCUGAAGGCUCUUGGCAGAGCGUCGGGGGACUCGCUCGCUGUCAUGAGGAGGGACUUCUUGAACAGCCUACGUCUCUACCGCACGUUCUACGGCGGCCUGGCGGAUCAGCUGUGUGUGAGUGAGCUGGCCUCUGGUGACGGGCUGUCCUGCUGGAAUGGAACCGACAUCGUAAAAAGCUACACCCUGCGUGUGGUCGGCAACGGGAUCAAGGCUCAGAGUGCCAACCCUGAAGUGAAAGUGAAAGGAGCAGACCCUGUCAUCAAUCAGAUCAUUGACAAGCUGAAGCACAUCAAUCAGCUGUUGCAAGGGAAGUCCAUUCCUAAACUGGGGUCGCUGGACCAGAUUGAAACAGGAAGUGGAGACACAGAGGGACGUUACAGCGGCGACUGUGAUGAUGAAGACGGCUGUGGUGGUUCAGGUGGUGGCGAAGUAAAAAGGAAAGUCUCCAGAGUCUCCAAAUUGAGUCCAGAUGUGACCGGAGAUCACAAACAUCAUCAUCAUCACCAUUAUCCACCUGCUGAUGAUUCAGAAGUGGAAGGCAGUUCCAGGAGCCUUGGCCUUGGAGGGGCCAUCUGGGUCUUGAUAUUGCCUUGUUUUCAUAUGCUCCUGGCCUUGUAACAGCUGCCUUCGUGCAGCAGGAAACUUUCAAGACUUCAUUUGGAGCCCCUUUAUCCAGAAAUGAAAAGGCCAGGCGACGUGUCAAGCUCCAACAUGUAAUGGAGCAUCACCUCCACACAGUGCAGGACACGGUAGGAGUGAACACUAAUAACAGUGUGGAAAUCACAAGACAUUGUGGCUUAAGACAACAUACGAUUCAGUUUUGCAAAUAUUCAUUAUUUUUACCUGGGAUCCAUAAUCCUAAUAAUGAUUUAUU